AUGGCAAUCUAUCAGGAUGUGGAAGAAUUGUUAAUCAUGGGAGAUUCUGACUUGAUUAUCCAACAAGCUCAAGGUGAAUGGGAAACUCGGGAUGUCAAGCUUCUUCCAUACAGGCAGGAUGUGGAAGAUCUUAGAAAGCGGUUCAAAUCCAUCGAGUUUAGGUACAUUCCUUGGUUUCAUAAUGAGUUAGUUGAUGCACUAGCUAAUUUGGCCUCGAUGCUGCCGUAUCCAGGCAAUGUCCACAUUGGCCCAUUGGAAAUCCAAAUCCGAGAAAGACAUGGUUAUUGCAAUACAGUUGAGGUGGAACCAGAUGUUCAGACAUGGUAUCAUGAUAUCAAAAGAUUCUUGAAAACAAAGGAAUAUCCCGAGAAAGCUAGUGGAUAUCAAAAGAGAACCAUUAGAAGGCUCGCCAGUGGUUUCUUCUUGAUCAGAGAAGUCUUGUAUAAAAGGACUACAGAUCUGAACCUUUUAAGAUGCGUGGAUGCCCAAGAGGCGGGAAGAAUCAUGAAUGAAGUGCACGCAAGAGUGUGUGGACCCCAUAUGAAUGUAUAUGUCCUUGCAAAGAUUGUUUCAGUUUCAUUUGAAAGUGUCACCAGUCCAGUACAGGGUGACCGGAUUCAUGCACCGCCUUCAGAAUUGCAUCCUAUAUCGGCACCAUGGUCGUUCGUUGCUUGGGUUGGGGCAACACCUUAUCUAUUGGUUUAUGGCACUGAAGCUGUAAUGCUCGCAGAAGUUGAAAUUACAUCACUUCGAAUCAUCGUUGAAGCUGAGAUUGAGGACAAUGAAUAG